AUGUCGGACAAUUCUGGGCUCACGUCUCCUGGGGAGGCCUCCUAUUCUUCCAAUACUCUGCAUGUGGGCGAUGGAACAUGGGACUCGGACCGCGACACCUUCCUUUUGCCCAAUCUCAUGGGUGUGAACUUCGAGACUAUGCGAUACAAUGGGAUGGGGAACAGAUUUCGAGAUAUGCCCCAUUACCAUACCCUGAUUGUUGCCCAUGGUGUUAUCGCGACAAUUGUGUUUCUGGGGCUGGUUCCCUUGUCGAUCUUACUUGUGCGAUAUUACUCGCUUCGAAAUCCAUACCAGGCCUUCAGGUACCAUGUGUGGUGCCAGGUUCUCACUCUAUUUCUGAGCACAGUCGUGUUCGUUCUCGGUUGGUUUGCUGUCGGUCCGAACCGCAGCCUUACAAACCCCCACCACGGCAUCGGUCUCGCCAUCUACGUUAUCGUCAUUUUUCAAGUUUUCUGGGGCUGGCUUGUCCAUAAGAUCGAACGGAAUAAGAAGAGGUUCCAUGUGCCUCUGAAGCUAGUGCUUCAUCGUUGGAUGGGUCGUGCACUGGCGAUUUUAGGCAUUGUCCAGAUUCCCCUUGGGCUCACUCUGUAUGGCUCACCAAAAGUGCUGUUUAUCCUCUACGCUGUCGCUGCUUUUAUUCUUCUAGCGACGUUCUUUGUGCUAUCUUAUAAGUAUGAUUCCGACGGUGGGUCCUCUGGGGACGGAGACUAUGACAGCCGUUAUAGUUAUAUAUCCCGUCGGCCGGACGACGACCACAGACGCAGCAGUCUUGGACGAAUGGCCGCAGCAGGAGCUGCGGGAGCCGGAUUGGCGACACUAUUUCGGCGGCGCAGCCGAGACCGUGGUUCUGAGAGCUCCCAAACCUCGUAUAUGGACGAAAAGUACUCGGACGAAGCUUCACGCCAUGGUGGAUGGGGAAGGAAGCUUCUCAAGCUAGGUGCCCUCGGCGGUGGUGCUAUACUGGCCAAAAGGCUCUUUGACAGGAGGCGAGAAAGAGAAAGCGACACUGAAUCAGGGAGAUACCAGCCUGCCCACCGUCGAACCGACAGCAUGACAGAAGAGAGUCUGAGCCGCCUCGAUGAUCGUCCCCCACCUCGGCCAAGUUACCCAGCUCCUAUCAAUCGCCCUCCGAACAGGCCUCCUAGCAGAGAACAGAGCAUAAACUCCUCUUAUUACGAUUAUUCAUACUUUUCUCGCGAUGAAGAGCGCCCAUCUCAUACAGCUCGCAACGCCCUGUUCGGAGCAGGCGCACUUGCAGCUAUAAAGGGAUUCUUCUCUGGGCGCAAGAGGAAAGAUGACGAACAGCGACAUGUGGAGGAAAUGCGGCGGCAUGACCUUGCGAAUGAGAAAAUAGCCCGAGCGAACAGUAAACGACGGUAUACUGGAGAUGGAUAUUACCCUCAACGCAAACGGCCAGCUUCCCAAACCGCUACCGAUAUAUCCACAGACCUUACACCACGACCUGCCCGCGCCCAAUACCCUCCGGAGUCAGCUCUUUCAGCAGCGCCUGUUGCUCCUGGAGUGGUUGGGGAUGCUCACUCCCAACAACCUCCAGCACCACCAAUUCACUACGACCCACCUUCGGCCAUGAUGCCGGCGGAGCCUACGACAUCGCAACCACCACCUCCCAUUGCUCCAGUUGCCCCCGCCCAUGGCGGAUCUGCAGGUCCCUCAUCUGGUCACCUACCAAUCCCUGGCGGCAGUGGAUGGCAACGAGACGGUCACGUUGAGUCCCCACCGGUAUCAAUCAAAGUGAAGAUGCACGACGAUGGCCGAAACAUCACACUCAGACGGUUAACAGAGGAGGAAGCAGCAGCCGGCCGAGAAGCGCGCCGCCGAGAGAGACGCAACUCCCGCCGCCGGAACGGAAGCGUGAGCUCUCUCUCCGGCAACGAAGGCACUGGUAGCCGCGAUCGCUGGCGCCGCGUUGAAGAGCUUGAGCGCCAGCAACAGGAGCAGAUGGAUCGAGAACGCGCUGCUGCUGCUGCUGCUGCCGCCGCCACCGCAAAUACAACCCCUGCCCCAGUGCCUCAAACGCCCCUCGCCCCCGGCCCUGCAGCUUCAGGGCACAGCAUCCCUCCCCCUGCCUCGUCAUUCCUCCCCCCACACCAGAGCAUGAGUUACAUCCCGCCCCGUGCGCCUUCAACAAAUCCCUACGGAAGCAUCACAUCCCCUGGAACAUAUACGGGGACCGAUGCGAGUGAGUACGCCACUAAUCGGCGCCGGAGACGAGCGGAGAGAGCCCGAGCAAGGCAGGAACGACAAGGACAUAGCGUCGACUUCACAUGA